AUGUGGGUGCAGAAAGCCCAUAAAAGUGGGAAGAAUGAAUACCUGAGCAAAGAAGUGAUAUCUGUUCUCUUUGAAAAUAAAAUAUUUUAUAUCUUGAAAAAGGAAUCUAGGACACUGGCUGAAAUAGCAAAAGCAGAACUUGAUGGUACUAUUUUGAAGAGCAGACCACUUCGAAUUCGAUUUGCUACACAUGGAGCUGCCCUAACGGUCAAGAAUCUUUCACCUGUGGUUUCUAAUGAGCUGCUGGAACAAGCAUUCUCUCAAUUUGGGCCAGUGGAAAGAGCUGUUGUUGUAGUAGAUGAUCGUGGCAGAGCUACAGGAAAAGGUUUCGUAGAGUUUGCAGCAAAACCGCCAGCACGGAAAGCUCUAGAAAGAUGCAGUGUUGGGGCAUUCUUGCUAACAACAACACCUCGACCUGUUGUUGUAGAACCAAUGGAGCAAUUUGAUGAUGAAGAUGGGCUCCCAGAGAAGCUAAUGCAAAAAACACAACAGUAUCACAAUGAAAGAGAACAGCCUCCACGUUUUGCUCAGCCUGGAACAUUUGAGUUUGAGUAUGCUUCACGGUGGAAGGCUCUUGAUGAGAUGGAAAAGCAACAGCGUGAACAGGUUGACAGGAACAUUAGAGAAGCCAAAGAGAAACUAGAGGCAGAAAUGGAAGCAGCUAGACAUGAGCAUCAGCUAAUGCUGAUGAGGCAAG